CACCGCGUCUGCAGACCCCACGCCCCAGUGCUAGGCGUUCCUACAGCUGAGCGCCAAGACCGCACGGGCGAGUCCCGCAGGGCAGGGGCGGCGCGGUGCCCGGGUUCUCGCACUUGGCGGACCGAUGUGCCCGGGUGUCGGGGCGCGUGGACCUGGGCUCGGGUGAAGCUCUGGGAAAGGGCAACACGGCGGCGACGAGAUGCAAGCGGAGGAGCCCUGCGCCCCCGGCGCCCCUGGUGCCCCUGGUGCCCCGAGAAGCCAGCGCGCACCCAGUCCCGAGCCGCGCCUGUCCAGCCAGCUGCUGCCCGAGCUCUACACCUUCGUGGCGCGAGUGCUGUUCUACCUGGCUCCCGUCUACCUGGCCGGCUACCUGGGGCUCAGCAUAACCUGGCUGCUGCUCGGCGCUGUGCUGUGGAUGUGGUGGCGCAGGAACCGCCGCGGGAAGCUUGGGCGCCUGGCGGCCGCCUUCCAAUUCCUAGACAACGAACGCCAGUUCAUUAGCCGCGAGCUGCGGGACCAGCACCUGCCGGCCUGGGUGAGCUGGGCCGAGCCGGGCGGAGGUCGGAGGUGGGGCGGAUGCUGUUAG